GGGCCCUCACAGCCCUGUGUGAGUCUGGACCAUGGGGGAUGGAGGCGCCGGCGCAACGGGAGGAGAUAGGGUGAACCGGUCCCAUGUCCUGUUUGACAACUUCGUCCAGGCGUCCACGUGCAAGGGCACGCUCAAGGCCUUCCAGGAGCUGUGUGACCACCUGGAAGUCAAGCCCACCGAGUACAGGGUCUUCUAUCACAAGCUCAAGUCCAAACUCAACUACUGGAAGGCCAAGGCGCUCUGGGCCAAGUUAGACAAGAGGGCCAGCCAUAAGGAAUACAAGAAGGGCCGUGCCUGUGUCAACUCAAAGUGUCUGAUCAUCGGUGCAGGGCCAUGCGGCUUACGUACGGCCAUCGAACUUGCUUUCCUGGGGGCCAAAGUGGUGCUGUUGGAGAAGAGAGAUGCCUUCUCCAGGAACAAUGUGUUGCACCUCUGGCCCUUCACCAUCCAGGACCUCAGGGGCCUCGGGGCCAAGAAGUUCUAUGGAAAGUUCUGCGCCGGUGCUAUCGAUCAUAUCAGUAUUCGUCAGCUUCAGCUAAUGCUGCUCAAAGUUGCCCUCCUCCUGGGCAUUGAAAUCCAUGUCAACGUAGAGUUUAAGGGUCUUAUCGAGCCUCCUGAAGAUCAAGAAACUGAAAGGAUAGGCUGGAGGGCUGAGGUCCACCCCAAGACACACCCUGUUAGCGAGCUGGAGUUUGAUGUCAUCAUUGGAGCUGAUGGAAGGAGAAAUACGCUACCAGGGUUUCGGCGUAAGGAGUUCAGGGGCAAGCUUGCAAUCGCCAUCACGGCUAACUUCAUCAACAGGAACACGACGGCGGAGGCAAAGGUGGAGGAGAUCAGCGGGGUGGCCUUCAUCUUCAACCAGAAGUUCUUUCAGGACCUCAGAGAAGCAACAGGUAUUGACCUGGAAAACAUUGUCUACUAUAAGGAUGACACGCACUACUUUGUGAUGACUGCCAAAAAACAGAGCCUGCUGGAAAAGGGAGUCAUUCUGCAUGACUAUGCGGACACGGAGAUGCUGCUGUCGAGGGCUAAUGUGGACCAGGUGGCCCUGUUGUCUUACGCUCGUGAGGCUGCCGAUUUCUCCACCAACCACCAGCUGCCCACACUGGACUUCGCCAUCAACCACUAUGGCCAGCCCGACGUAGCCAUGUUCGACUUCACCUGCAUGUACGCCUCAGAGAACGCAGCCAUGGUGCGCCAGCGCAAUGGCCACAAGCUGCUGGUGGCGCUGGUGGGAGACAGCCUGUUGGAGCCCUUCUGGCCCAUGGGCACCGGCAUCGCCCGAGGUUUCCUGGCAGCAAUGGACUCUGGCUGGAUGGUGAAGAGCUGGGCUCAGGGAAAAACCCCUCUUGAGGUGCUGGCUGAAAGGGAGAGCAUAUAUCGUCUACUGCCCCAAACAACACCGGAAAACGUCAGUAAGAACUUCAGUCACUACAGUGUGGAUCCCACCACACGUUACCCCAACAUUAGUCUCAACUUCUUAAAACCCAGCCAGGUGCGGCACCUUGUUGACACAGGGGAGUCGAGGGAAAUGCGAAUUGAAAUCGAGAAUGUGAUCAACUCGUCGACACCCAAGUUGGCCAGGAAUGACAAUUACCUGCUUGACAAGCAGUCGCAAGAAUCCAUAGCUCGAUCCAGUAAACUACUCAACUGGUGCCAGAGACAAACCGAAGGAUACAGGAACGUUAACGUAAGAGACCUCACCAUGUCUUGGAAGAGCGGACUGGCCCUGUGCGCCCUCAUUCACCGAUACAGACCGGAUCUCAUCGACUUUGACUCACUGGACGAGCGAGACCAGGAGAAGAACAACCAGUUGAGUUUUGACGUGGCGGAGAGGGAAUUUGGCAUCUCGCCCUGCAUGACUGGCAAAGAGAUGUCUUCUGUGGUUGAGCCAGACAAACUCUCUAUGGUCAUGUACCUCAGCCAGUUCUAUGAGAUGUUUAAGGACACAGUGCCACCUGGAGAUAACCACAAUUUGAGUCCUGAGGAGAAGGCGGCACUGAUAUCCAGCACCAAAUCUCCCAUCUCCUUCCUCAGCAAGCUUGGUCAGAGCAUAGCAAUCUCAAGGAAACGCAACCCCAAGGACAAAAAAGAGAAGGAUGUGGAUGGUUUGGGGAAGAGAAGGAAAACCAGCCAGUCUGAAGAUGAGGAGGUAUCCAAGACCGGUCGUGACGACAGGCCGUCUGUCCCACCUGUCUUGUCGGAGAGAAAGAUGGAUUCGGCCGCCGCGGGGAACAACAACAAAGUCAAGGUCAUGGCCACCCAGCUGCUCGCCAAGUUUGAGGAGAACGCCCCAGCGCAGCACACAGGACUCAAAAGACAGGGGGAGUCUCUGCCCAAUCUGGAUCGCCUUUUGCCCCCUAGCCCGCCCCAAAUCCUUCUGAAUGAGCCAGUGCGCCUGGCACCUGUCCCAGCAUGGAGAAAGAGACGCACACAGCAGCAGGAGCAGCUGAGCAUUCGCUACAGAGAAAAGCUCAAGUGUCAGACGCUACCCUGCAGGGGGGAGCAGGCCAGAAGUGGCGCAGACCAACUGUCCAGCUCGGGUUCUCGGAGCUGCCCAAAGAAAACCAUUCUGCUCCCUUCUUCUUCCUCCACUUCCUCGCUCUCUCUUCACUCAGAGCAUUUGGGUAACAGUCCGGAGGACGAGGAACUUCAAUACUACCAGAUGCCUCUGAAAUACGGGGAGUGGAAGCCACUGCACCUGAUAGACCCUGGACCCAUUCACAUACCUGGUAUACAGGAGAGGGCUGACCGCCUUAUCUCUAAGUUUAAGGGCAAACCUGACAAGCCACCAAAGCCUAAGAAAAAGCCGUCCCGUUUCUUUUUAGAGCAGUGGCACUUGUCCCGAGGCCUGGCUGAGAGUCCUGGCUCACCACUCUCCUCUCCCGACUCUUGCAGAAAGGAGCAAGUAAGGCCUCUGCAUUCGGAUGACCCAGUGCCCUUAUAUGUGCUUAGUAUUCAGGAGAGGGCUGAGCAACUUGCCUCCCAAUUUGAGGGCAAGCCAGCCGGACCACAGCCUAAGAAAAAACCCUCAUGUUUCUUUAUGGAACAAUGGCACCAAGCCCGAGCCCAGUACUCCCCUGAUUCUUCCCCCUCCUCCUCUGACAGCUUGAGACAGCGCUAUGUAAGGAUGUACACAGGGGGAGUUAGCUCAUUGGCUGAGCAGAUAGCCACUCAGCUUCAGUCUCAGGAAGAGCCCAAGCCUCUGCCUGAAAGGAGGGAUUUGGGCUCCCUCCGUAAAGAGUUCCCCGUCAACAUUGGAGGCAGCGAUGUCUGCUUUUUCUGUCGAAAGCGUGUGUAUGUGAUGGAGAGGCUGAGUGCAGAAGGGAAAUUCUUCCAUCGCAGCUGCUUCAAGUGCGACUACUGUGGCACCACACUACGACUGUCCUCCUAUGCCUUUGAUGUGGAGGAUGGGAAAUUUUAUUGCAAGCCGCACUACUGCUAUCGUCUGUCUGGCUAUGCUCAGAGAAAGAGGCCUGCUCCCUCCCCUGCUCCAAUCACAGCUAAGGAGAACCAAGCGCCCCAAACUCCUGUGGCGACCGUGGAUGCCCCCGGAAGGGCGAUGGCAGUGGCAGCCCCCUCGGCCGAGCUCCAGCCUUCAGCGCCGGAGGUCAACGGGCUGCAGGAGCCGAGCCUAGCUAAACGACUGCGGGGAACUCCUGAGCGCAUCGAGCUGGAGAACUACCGCCUGUCGAUGCAGAGGGAGGAGGAGCUGGAGGAGGUGCCGGAGGAGACGCUGGCGGAACACAACCUCAGCAGCGUGCUGGACAAGGCCACAGAUGCUGACCUGGGUUCCAGUAGCUCAGAGUCAGACAUGGAGGAGGAGGACGAGCAGGAGGAUCAGGAUCAGGAGGAGGUGGAGGUGGAGCAGGAGCAGCAACCUCUCAGCCCCUCAGACCUCGGCGGUGUUCCCUGGAAGGAGGCGGUAGAGCUCCACGCCAAACUGAGGGGCGACGACGCAGAGGGCGAGGCUGUGGCCGACGCGGUCAGCAGGGACGGAGAAGUAGAGGAGGAGGAAGAAGAGGAGGAAGAGGACGAGGAGGAGGAGGAUGAGGAGGAGGAGGAGGAGUCGAGCGAUGAGGGGGAUUACUGCCCCUGGGACAGGGAGCUCCAGUCAGGCCUUUGGCUAGAGAAGUACCUAACAGAUGAAGAGGAUGUUGGUACAUUUAAAGCCAGGAACCUACAGAUUCAGCAAGUCCUGCAGCCUGUGGAUCCCCAGGCCAUUCCAGGGUUGGUGAGAACACACCUGGACUCUGAGACAGACAAGGAUGGCCAGCCAGCCUCAGGCUCCCAACUCUCCCAACCCUCUGAGCUCACGCAGCCCUCCUCCACAGCCCCUGCCCACACAUCCGCCCGACACGAGGCUGUGCGAGUCUGGUUGGAGUCAAUGUCUGGAGAGCCCUGCGAGGAUGACGACCUGGAAGCAGAAGCAGACAGUCCAGAUAUGGAGCCUGGUACAGAGAUGGAUCAGGAUGACAUCCCCUCAGAUGCAGAAGCUGAGGCUCGUUUGCACCAGCCGGGGCUCACUGAAGCGCCUCCUGAGGAAGACAAAAAAUCUGAAAGUCUGGGAAUGGCUUCAAGUAUUGAACCAUCCAGCACCAGCCCGGUGCAGAAAGAAGAGGAUGUUGUCCUUUCCCCACUUAAACCAUCUCCCCAACCUGAAACACAGAUAACUCCGAUAUCUCCUCCCUGCCUGGUGAAGUCUCUGGGCACUCGCUUUUUCCCAGAACCUUUCAUUCCUGAGGAAGUGACACUUGAGCGAACAACUCCGUCUCCAGUCGCCAAGAGCCCAGUGUGCCCUUCACCUGCUCCUGCCCACAAUCCUUCUUCUGUCCCUUCUCCCACUCUUGCUGCUGCUGCUCCUGCCUCAUCUCCCCCCAGGUCACCCGCCGAAUCACCCAUCAUCUCUCCAGUCAAGCCAGCCAUCGAGUCACCUGUCAGAUCCCCUGUCAAGUCACCGGUUGACUCCCCAAUCUGCUCCCAGCCCACCCCCCUACCAGAGACUUGCACACCUAAAUCUCCGGUCUACCCUCACCGCUCAAUUUGCCCUCUCACAGGCAACCCCCUCUCCCCAAUCUGUGCCCAGCCUUUAACCUGCCGUGAACCCUCAUCACCCCUCACCUCUGAUUCGCCUGUCAGAACUCAACCUGUCCCCGCUGUCACUUCGACACCUAUGGCCAAAACAGAGAAGGCCGCAUCUGAAUCCUCAAAGUCUGAAGACUCCUCAACAGACGAAACUCCAUCUAAAAAGACUGAUAUCAUUGAGGAAUUUUGGUUAAAGAGUGCCGAGAUCAGAAAGAGCCUCGGUCUCACUCCUCUGGACCGCAGCAGUAAAAUCUUAGAGAAAAGUGUUGAUAAGGCUCCAACGCAGGAAUCCACCCCUGCCAAGACUCAACCUCCGGAUGUUUCUGAGGAGCAGAAGCCUGCAUUUACUGGCCGCGCUGUCAUUCGCAGACUCAACAUCACUCUUGAGGGUCAGGUCAUUACUCCCAUUGCUCCUCCGGAGCUCAAGAGUAAUGGCUCUGAUAAGAGGGACCUCAGCAGCAGCUCUGGCUUGGGGUUGAAUGGGAGCAUGGCCACGAGCCAGACGGCAAACAGUGACAGCUAUAACACGUCUGACUCCACCAUGCUCACCCCACCCUCCAGUCCACCACCACCUGUGCCUGCUAAUCAGUCUCCAGCCGUGCUCAGGCAGCAGAGACACCAGGUGUCCUGGAGCAACGGAACAGAUAAACCUCCGUGUGAGCGUGCCAAAGAGCCAGCAAAAAUUAAGACUCCGGUUCCUGCACCGAGGACGCAGCUGAGCCCCGUGUCUGUGCCCAAGCCUGCACCCAGGAAAGUCUCGUCACCACAACCAGAUAUAGAAACAACUCCCGUGGUUGUCAUGAGGGAAAAGAAGAAGCCGCGGCCGGAGGAGGCGAGGAAGUCGUUUGUGGAGACGGUGGAGGAGAUUCCGUUUGCUGAUGACGUUGAGGAGACGUAUGAUGAGCGGACGCCAGAAACGAGCAUGAACAAGUUCUACACUCCACCCACCAGCAAGCCCAGCAGGGAGAGACCUCCUCUGCAUCUGGCCUUAGCAAUGGAGAACGGUAAACCCAAUAUUCCUGUCAACCCGACCCCUAAGACCCAGAGGGCGACUCAGUUCUCUCAGGAGGCCAAAGAGAUCGCUGAGGAGAGAAUCAGGGCCAGAGAAAAGUCCAUCAAGAGCCAGGCUCUGAAAGAUGCCAUGGCCAAGCAGCUAAAUAAAAUGAAAGAAUCUGAUAUAGACAAGGGUGCCUCACCUAAAGUGGCCUGGAGUGUAACCCCAGAUGUUGCUGGAAAAACGAAAAAGUCAGCCGGAUCUCCGAAGACAUCAGCUGUGAAAGCUCUGGAGUCAAAGAAGGCAGAGGUUCUACCCGAACGUUUCUUCAGCAGCAACAAGAGUCUGGACAGCUCUGUGGCUUCAUCUGACGGCUCCUCCUCGACUAAGAGCAAGAAACGAAGUUCCCUCUUCUCACCUCGCAAAAAUAAGAAGGAGAAAAAAGCCAAGAAUGACAGCAGCAAGCUCUCUGGCACAGAUGAGACACCGCCCAAACACAAGUCACUGUGGAAGGCUGUCUUCUCAGGCUACAAGAAGGACAAAAAGAAGAAGGAUGACAAAUCAUGUCCAAGCACGCCAUCCUCCAGUUCCACCACGCAGGACUCUGGGAAGAAGAGAACAUCACCUCUUGGAAAGUCAUCAGACUUGAAAUCACGCAGAAACUUGAGCUUUUCCGAGGAUUCAGACCUGUCAUGUGACGACAUUCUGGAGAGAUCCUCCCAGAAGUCAAAGGCAGAUAGACAUAUGGACAUCUUUGACCUAGUAUCAGGCAUGCAGAAGGAGGCAAUAAAGGAGGAGAAACUGGAAAAGCAGAGAAGGAGGGAGUUAAAGGAAAGAAAGAGGGUGAAAGAGAGACAUAAAGAAAGAGAACGGGAGAAAGAGGUUGAUCAAGAAAAGGAGAAAGACAAGAAGGAGUCUGUUUAUGUCCCUCACGCACUGGCGUUCAAGAGAUCGUACGCCACAAAGAAAACCUACACAGAGGAAGAGCUGAAUGCCAAGCUGACACGAAGAGUCCAGAAAGCUGCUCGACGACAAGCUAAGCAGGAGGAACUCAAGAGGCUGCACAGAGCCCAGAUUAUCCAGAGACAGUUAGAGCAGGUGGAGGAGAAGCAGAGGCAGCUUGAAGAGAGGGGUGUAGCUGUGGAAAAAGCCUUGCGAGGGGAAGCAGUUGAGCCCUUUGUGGGGAUGCCACGCCGAAGACCUCUCUCCCUGUGCCCCUGCUGUUCCCCUGAAGGCAUGGGCAAGAAGGAUGAUCCCAAACUAAUGCAAGAGUGGUUCAAGCUGGUGCAGGAGAAAAAUGCCCUGGUCCGCUAUGAGUCAGAGCUCAUGAUAUUUGCUAGAGAGCUGGAGCUGGAGGACCGGCAGAGCCGACUGCAGCAGGAACUCAGGGAGCGAAUGGCUGUGGAAGACCACCUGAAGACUGAGAAGGAGCUCGCUCAGGAGAAACAGAUCCUGAAUGAGAUGUUGGAGGUGGUGGAGCAGCGUGAUGCCUUGGUGGCCCUCCUGGAGGAGCAGAGGCUCCGGGAGAAGGAAGAAGACAAGGACCUGGAGGCUGUCAUGCUCUCCAAAGGCUUCAACCUCAAUUGGGCUUAAGAGGAUUGAAGCAAUUGCUCAUUAAGUCUUGGGAAAAGUCGAAUUGUGAUAGGCGGUCUCUGCCUUGAACGGUCAUCUUUGAUCAGAAUAGUCUGCUGAACACCGAUGCAGGCAGUUGGUCUAAAACUGUCACACCUGCAGCAGUGAAUGUGUAAAGAUUCCCCCAACACACACACACACCAUGGCUGCCACUGACACUGCAGUUGAAGCAGCCUGUAACGUUUACAUAUCCUCUGCCCAAAGGCAGUCCUAGUUAAUCACUUUGUCUCUCUCUGUGGUUGGAGAGGCGAGUACAUUCACAACUUUAUCAUCACAGACUUGAAGUGGAUCCUCUCAAACAGGGUGGGGGAUGCUAUGGGAGAAUGUUUAAAGACUUGUUUCAUUCUCAAUUAUCUAAAGGGAAGAAUGCAGUUCGGUCCUGCUGAUGUAAAGGAAUUGUAAAGAAUUGUGUUUUUGUGUAUAGUUGUGUAGAGCAAGUCACAUUUACAGCCGAUGAGGGUUCUCUUAUUUCUGAAAAGGACUGCUUCAGAGGAUUGUUUAUGUCCCGGAGUUACAUCUCCAGUCUCAAUCUCACAUUCUCCUUUUCAGUUGGACUGUAGGAAGGACAUCCUCUGCUGAAGCUGCCUUUCUAUCCAGUGACAAACUGACCUCCUCAUCCUAAUGAAUCAAAAAGAUACAAUAGAAGGCUCUUUUCUCUCUCUCUUUUUCUCUCCCCUCACAGAGUGUUUUGAGUCAACGCUAAGAAUCCAUUAAAUAUGGCCAUGUUUUUUAAAAUGUAUUUAUUAUCUUUGUUGGCUUUUAACAGAUAAACAUUUUUAUUUUUGCAUUCACAGGAGAGUGCCCAGAAUCUCAUUAUCUCACAUUUGUGCAUAACCCACAUGCACCCAAAAGCCAUUGCAUGUCAGGAAUGAAGGCUGCAGGCACAUAGAGAAACAUAGUGUUAUAUUGUCCUUGUUAGCAAGGACAUAGAAUGCAGACUAUAUAUGAACACUUCAGCAUUUCACAUGACUUGAUAAUGAUGGGCCUCUCCAUGAGAUGCUAUUCACUGUAUAUCACACUGACAGCUAAUGUUUACAAAUAUUGUCCAUAUCCGAUAUUGCAUUUCCUACUAUGACAAACAGUAGCAAAGUAAACCAACGGUUGAAGUCAUCUUGGAAGGAACCGUCUUUUCAGGUUCAAGUUUCUCAGCAUAUGUGUUACCAUUGUGAUAUUAUCUUUUAAUGCAGCUGAUUUUACUGUCGCUAAUAGAGAUCAGUGUAGCUCACUUCUCUCAUCUUGUGCCACAGGACUGUCUCUGUUGGUGGAUACUGCUGCAAUAUCCAAGGAGUACACCACAAGAACUUACACACUACACAACACUUACAUCAGUAUAUGGCAGUGUUAAUAUUUUACCUUUUAAACAAGAUGCCUUUUUCAUUUUCAAUCUCUAUACUUAAGUUAUAUUUUAUUUUUCUGAGUUAACUUUUUUUUGGCAGUCACAUCUGUGUAUCUCACUGGAACUCGAGAUUUUUACUUGUCUUUUUUUCAGAUUCUUUUAUACAGCAUGUCCCCAAACAAACCAAUAGAUGGUUUGAAAUGGGGCGUGGGAGAUAUGUAAAGUGCUUCAGGAGCAACUUGCAUCAAACAGGAACAGUAGUUUCUCUGGCGGGCAGUCAAAUCAAAUAGCCUUUUUUCGACAACUGUAAAAGUCCAGGUGGUCACUGUUUGACAGCGCAGAAACGCUAGAGGCUAUAUUUAUGAUUUGGUAUGAGCUGUGAAUAUAAAAAAAGUUACAUAAUUUUAAGGGUUGUUGUUUUAGAUGGUGUGUGAUAAGUUUGACAUGAUUGUAUUGAUAUUUAUUAACAUGUGUGCAAACUGUAUUAUAUGUAAAGAAAAUGAAUCCUAAUUUUUAAACUGUUCUGUUGACACAUGACUUGUAAUGUAAAUGCUUCAUGUAGCUAAAAUGCAUAGGGGUGUUGGAUGUAUGCUGAAAAUGGCAAUAAAACAAUGCAGUUCUUUUAAA